AUGGUCGCCAACACUCUCAUCUACCACCCUGCGCUGGCGCACUGGCUGCGCUUCGUCGCGACAACGGUCGGCCGCGACAAGCUCCUCCGCACAAUCCAAUACUUCUCCCGCUUCUACGCGUGGUACCUAUACCGAACCAACAAGCCCCAAUCCGCCAUCGACCCCUACAAUGCGAUCAAGAAGCAAUUUGGCACAACGCGCAAGAUCAUGCGUAUCGGCAAGUUCCUCGAGCACCUCAAGGCCGCCGCCAUCGCCUUCGACAACAAGGCCCCCGCCGACCCGAUCCUGAAAUACCUGGCCAUCGGUCGCCAGCUCGGCUACGCCGGCUACCUGACUCUCGACGCCAUCACCGUCGUCGAUGCCAUCGGCGCCAAGAAGCUGGCUUCCGUUAAGCGCUUGCAGGAUACUGCUUACCGCUCUUGGGGUGCGGGACUGAUCUUCAGCGCUGUGGCGGGUGUUUAUACUCUUGUGAGGUUGCAUGAGAGGGAGAAGGCGAUUGAUCGCAAGGAGGGUGAGGGUGUUGUUGAGGCGAAGAAGAUUGAGAAGGAGCGCGCUGUUGCUCGUAUACAGCUCAUCUCUGAUGUCUGCGAUCUCGCGGCGCCCUUGUCUGCUACCGGUAUCCUUAACCUCGACGAUGGUAUCGUCGGUAUCGCUGGUACCAUUAGCAGUUUGAUUGGUGUUCGCUCCCAGUGGCUCAAGACCGCUUAA